AUGCUAAAGAAGUACUCCAAACUCUCCCAGCCGGAAAAGAAGCUUCUGGAGCUGAAAGAGGACCGAAUUCUGGCCUGUCUCCUUCACAAUAUGAUCGCCUACAUGGUUAUGCUGCGGUUGCCGGAACAGGAGAUCCGGAAAGUGACCUUCAGACUGCUUGGCCGCUGUCGUCUGGGUGCCUACUUUUCUGGUCUUGUGUCUCAUUUGGUCGACAAUCUACACCUUCUGGUACGUUACAGUUUAACUUCGUUUCCUAUCCUCCGGUCUGCCCAUUGUGUUGUGUCCGCCUCCUAG